UGAGAAGAAGUGGCGCAAAUGUUAAACCUCAUGUCAGACAGCCACAGCUAAAUUAAAUUAUAAAUCAAAUGGUUUGAUUCUAAUUGAAAAGUGCUGAACGUUUUUACUUGGAAAAGUACAGUAAAUAGAGUUUGUGGUCUACAGAGACUGUUGAGAGAGAUGAGGAAGAACCACUAACCUACUGGCGACAAAUGGGAACCUACAACAGCCAUUGAACGCAGCACAGCCUUAGAGUGAGUGAAUAAAUAAAAACCGUCGACUCGACAUCAGCUGCAUCAAUGACACGAAACCUGCUUUGCACCGUGUUUUUACUCUUAUGCCAGGUAAAAGUGAUUAUGUGAGAUUGCUGCUGUUGUUAGUAUGACGAAUAAAAUAAAGCCAAAGUUUCGGAAAAGACAGAUAUCCCAAACCACCUCAACUCAUCUGUCCCUGAGUGGGCACAAAGAGACCGAGAAGGACCAGAGAUAGGUUUCCUUUCAAAAUGGACUCAGACGUCUGCCCCGCUGAUCAGUCAGACUCCUUGUGUUCUGCAUCUGUUCCUGUUGAUGAAGCCUCUGAGUCUGAGAUUAGAGGACAAACUGUGGCAGCUCCGCCUGGUUCAGAGGUGGAGGACGUUGACACCUACAAUCUGAUCGAGCCUCCUCCAUUAGACUGGAGGUCUGACUCCUCCAGUGAGGCGGGCUCAGCAGAUGACCUGGAUGACCCCAGCUUCCCUCCCUCCAUUGACGAUCUGGACAAGGCGAGUCCUUGCACCACUGUGGCUCCGUGCGACGUGAACCAGCAGGAGCUUGUGGGAAAUAUCUCAGUGCCAGUCCAGGAUAUUGAGGUGGAAUUGGAAGAAGUGGAUGAAGUGGUUGAGGACAAGGUGAGGGUUGGGGCCUUGGAGGUUGUUGGGGAUGAGAAAAGUGAUGUGGAGCAUAUGGUCAGUGAGCAGGAAGUGGAGGUUGCUGACAGGAUAUCAGGAGAUGAAGACCACAGCCGCAUCCACACCUUGCUCAGCCAGCUCCAACUGAUGGGGGAAGAGCCUCAUCCCAGCCGCCGGACACCACCUAACCACGCCCAGCACCAGUGCUCCAGCCUGUCUGAGCAGGAAGCAUGUGCUCCGUCCCUACAAACACAGGACAGCACUGAAACCACCGGGCUGCUGUUCUCUGAGAGCCACCAGAGAGACCUGCUGGGGCUGCUGCAGUUCACAGAGAUCAGCGCUACACAAAGUCCCGCCUAUCUGCCCCACAGAGGAGACGUGGACGCUGUUGUGUCGGUUUCCUACAGCCAGGAGGACGCUCAAAGGUUCUGGGGGCAUAAUGGGAACGGUCAGCCGCGGCGGCAGAGGGAGGACUCCCUCGCCUCGCUGCCUGAUGAUGAGUAUCCUGAGCCGGUGUGGAUGAAGCUGGGCGAGGAGCCACCAGAGGAGGAGGAGGCUAAUGUGGAGAGCGAGCAGAGUGCUGAUCAUCCCUCAUAUAAAGACGUGCCUGGUCCUUGUGACCCCGAAGACCUUUUGGAUGGAGUGAUAUUUGGUGCCAAGUACUUGGGCUCAACUCAGAUCAAAUCAGAGAAGAACCCGUCUACAAACGCCCGAAUGAAACAGGCUCAAGAAGCUGUGGACCGCAUUAAGGCUCCAGAGGGAGAGUCCCAGCCGAUGACAGAUGUGGAUCUGUUCAUCUCAACCAAGCGAAUCAAAGUUCUCACUGCUGACACUCAGGAAGCCAUGAUGGAUCACGCCCUGCAGAUGAUCUCUUACAUUGCAGACAUUGGUAGCAUUGUAGUCCUGAUGGCACGAAGGAAACGUAAAGGACAGGAUGGUGAACCAGCCUCCAACUCUUCCUCCUCAUCCUCCUCCAGUCCUCAGAAGAAGUGCUUAAUGAUCUGCCACGUCUUCUCCUCUGGCGAUGCCCAGGUCAUAGCCCAGGCCAUCGGUCAGGCGUUCGGAGUGGCCUACCAGCAGUUUCUCCAGGCCAGCGGCAUCAAGGCCAGUGAUCUGAGGCCCGGCGAGUACAGUGAAUACCUGGAAAGUCAGGAGCUCUAUAACGGAGACCUGGCCCACUUCUCUGACUCCCAGAACAUCCGAGACGUGGCCAUCACCAAGGCUACUGGAGAGAUCUUGGGUCUGGCGGUGGUGGAGUCCGGCUGGGGCUCCAUCCUCCCCACGGUGGUGGUGGCUAACCUCCUUCAUGGAGGUCCUGCUGAGCGCUGCGGCGAGCUAAGCAUCGGAGACCGCAUCAUGUCUGUGAACAGCACCAGCCUGGUGGGUCUGCCCAUCAACACCUGCCAGAACAUCAUCCGGGACUUAAAAAGCCAAAAGUAUGUGAAGCUUAGCAUCGUCCACUGCCCGCCGGUCACCAUGGCGAUUAUCAGGAGGCCAGAUCCAAAGUUUCAGCUGGGCUUCAGUGUGGAGGACGGCAUUAUCUGUAGUCUGAUGCGCGGCGGCAUAGCAGAGAGAGGAGGCAUUCGUGUUGGGCACCGCAUCAUUGAAAUCAACGGGCAGAGUGUCGUCGCCACACCACACGACAAGAUCAUCCAGAUCCUGACCAAUGCUGUCGGAGAGAUUCACUUGAAGACCAUGCCGGCCUCAACAUAUCGACUCUUAACAGGACAGGAGCAGCCAGUGUUCCUAUGAGCACUUCCUGCUGCAUCAAGGACAAAUUACUGCACAGUGUUCAAGCUACAUGAACUUUUGCCAAACUAAGAAAAUAUUAUGCAAUUGAUCAUACAGCAUAUCAUACGCUGUUGUCACAUCACUGAAUGCAAAAACUAGUCUAGUAUUUUUAAGAUGUUAAGUACAUUUUUAUAUUGUGAAGCAUAUUUUAAAGCGACGGAGAUAGAUGGUAGAUUUCUGUUUUAUAUUUAACAAUGCAGGCAGUAGCUGGGAUGCAAUAAUUCAUAAGCAGAAUAUAUUUUACAUUCACUAACAUUUUACAUGGUGUUGAGUUUACUGUACUCUAGAGUUUUUGGUCUUCCAGCCUGGUGUGUUACCAGUGUGCCUGAGCUAAAUGUGCUUGCAAGGGAAACGUUAUUGAAUCAGGACAAAGUCUCAGUGUUUUUAAUUAUGAUGUACUUCCAUACAUGUAUAUCAACAAGUGUCUUUCACACACAAUAGAUCGCUCUGGUUCAUUAAUACAAUGCUUCCCUAAAUGUGCCUGAUAUGAAGCAGAUAUCAUGCACAAUUAAAGGUAACUGCCUUAUUUCAAAGAGAGCUGCGUAUAUUUUUAAGAAUUUGCUGUUUUGGAUGUUCAUUAAAAUGAUAUGUUAGAUAUCUUCUUGAUGUUAUUUAUUGAGAGUAAGUUGUCGCUGAAAAGGUUUCAGAUGAUAAGUUUCUUUUUUUCAUUUUUUAAAACAAAUCAAUGCCUUUGUACAUCCGCUUUACAGCUACUGUACAUUUGAAUUUGGACAGGUCUAUGAAUAUGUUGUCUUUGCAAUAUAUGUAAUUGAAAAAUAUAGCAAAUUGAUAAUAGCACAAUUCUUUGUAACGAUUGCAAAUACAAUGCUAUUGAUUAAUAUCUUUACUGCUAUUUUACAAGUACACCAUGUAAUAAUAUGCUGCUUGUGCUAAUAAAG